AUGCAGGCUGCGGCGUUGCAAGCACUGACUUCUCAAGUUCUCAGAAUCCCAGAAGAAUUUGAUCGACAUUGGUCUGCGCUCGCCAUUCCAAUGGAGAAGGCAGAGACUGAAACGAGCAUUGAGCGCUACAAGCUUCUGCUCUCUUGCCCCUCGGGUCUUUUGCCAUCGCAGGUUUCUGUGGUUUUUGAUGGAGUUUAUGAUCGAAUUCCCCAUCCAGACAUCAACUUGGAGAAUUCUGUUUCUGAGAUAUGGGAUCAAAGGGUUCAUAAAAAUCCAUCGUUGUACAAUGGGACAAAGUUCAGGUAUGGAAAACACGUAUGGCAUGAUGGAGGUGGAUCUAACCAAGAGCCUCAUGUAUGCCUCCACCUUGGUCUGACAGAUUAUAGGAAUUUUGUGGGCACAAACUUAAAUCAUUUAUGGGAAAGCUUCCUCGUUGCUUCAGAAGAUGACGCUAUACGUUGUCAACACACCUCAAGUCCAUUGGGUAAUGGUGCUAUUGUGGAGACAUCUGACGAGAAAAUACUUGUGUUGCAAAGAAGUAAUAAUGUUGGGGAAUUUCCUGGACAUUUUGUUUUCCCAGGAGGCCAUCCAGAGCCCCAAGAAGUUGGAUUAGUAUCCCAUCAUCAUGAGGACUUGACAGACUCCAAAGUUAUUAACGACAAGGUUUCUCAGGAGAUGUUUGACAGCAUUGUCCGUGAGGUAGUUGAAGAAAUUGGAGUACCUUCAGCUUCCCUUCACGAGCAAGUAUUCAUUGGUAUAUCCCGCAGGGUGUUGAAUGUGCGACCAACUGCAUUUUUCUUCAUGAAAUGCAGUCUCAGCUCAAAGGAAGUUCAGAAGUUGUAUGCUACCGCACAAGACAGCUUUGAGUCAACUCAGCUCUUUACAGUUCCACUGGGUGAUGAGAUUGACCAGUUUUGGGAUUGGAUUCGUUUCUGGGCAUCAUUGUGGGCAUCAACUUCUUCAGAAUUUAAGGAUAUCAACUUUAGUUUCAUCCACUUGGAUUGGAAAGCUGUAGUUUUGUAA